AUGGAUAUCGAGCAGAAACAUCUUCGGGUUGACAAGAAAGCCCAUCCCAAACAGCUCUUUGUCAAUGCUGGACAGGGAGUGCCACUGUCGACUAUCUCGUCUCUGAUCUCCCAAAAGGACGGCCAGGUAACAAAACGCGACAUCAAUGGGCUAUCCCUUGUCCUAUCACACGCGCUUCUUCAGCUUUAUGACGAGGACGCCGCCGAAGGACUCUUCUACUGGUUGAAUCCGCAUUGGCAAACUUGCGAGAGAACCCAUAUCUUGCCGCAAUGGACAAAUUAUGUUAACUUCCAUUAUCAUGGAAAGAUGAAGCCCGGGAAACUCGACUUUCAAAAACCAUAUCUGUCAUCGACGAUUAGUACCUGCCAACCAAAAAUGGAACUCCCAUUUGAAGACAUUAAUGAAGCACAACAUCAAGCUCCUAGCGUACUGGCCUUGGGGAAAGUGCUUUUAGAGAUGCAGCUGCUUCAACAAGGCUUAAGCAUUGACCCGGAAAUUGAGGAAGAGGAUUCAGAUAGUGAUGAUGAGGGCGGCGAAAACAUUAACUCGGACUACACACACACUUCCAAUUUACUGGAGCGAUACCAAGACAAGUUGGACCCAUGGUAUUUCAAAGCCAUUGAUGCCUGCCUGAAUCCAGAUCCUGCCGAGGAAACGGACAUCAGACAAUACAUCUACAAGAAAAUUGUGCGGCCACUAGAACACAACUAUUACUUCAACUCUGCGGCCAUCGAAAACGCACAGAAACAGCUCGAUGAAUUGAAGGCACAACCCCAAGUUGCCAGAUCAGAUUUGACCAUGACCUGUGGAGUAGCCGAAGCUCGUCCGUCCUGCCUCUAUGGCGAUGACGACGGACUGCCCAUGAAUGAAGAGAAAGUCCAGCAAUCACUAGAGUGGUUUAAGUGGAUGCAAGAUGUUCACACCAGACUGUCUACUCACCGCAGCGAGGAUAAAGUCAAAAUUGCCGUCCUCGACACGGGUAUUGAGCUCUCCGAUGUGCAGCGGGAUAUUUACGACAGAAAUGAUGAUAUGAAAUAUAGAAGUUGGGUCGAUGUCGGCGGAGAAAGCAUGGAGGAUAGUAAAGAUGAGGUGGGACAUGGCACGCAUAUUGCGACACUAUUGGCGAAAAUAGCUCAGAACGCCAUAAUUCAUAGUGCAAGGGUUUUCAAGGAACGAAAACCGAACAUGCAAACAGAAUUGAAGAAUGUGGCUAAAGCUAUUCGAUAUGCCGUUGAUAUAUGGAAAGUCGACAUCAUCGUCAUGUCAUUUGGAUUCGAAGAAGAACAAGAUUGCGACACGAAGGAACACUCAAUCCUCAAGGCCAUCAGAUACGCAUAUCAAAGUGGAGUCUCGUUAUUCGCAGCGGCCUCCAACGACGGCAACAAUCGACCCGACCAUGUUUGCUGGCCUGCUCGGGCGCUUGAAGUCAUUUGCGUCCAUUCCGGUACCGGAACUGGACAGCCCUCGACAUUCACACCUGGUCCCCACGACAACCAGAGAAUAAUGGUCCUGGGUGAGUGGAUCAACGCAGCCUGGCCAGCACACCUCAAGUCACCUGGUAACACAAAGUAUAUGAGCGGCACGUCCUGCGCGACUCCGAUAGCGGCGGGCAUCGCGGCAAUCGUGCUCGACUAUGCGAGGAAAACUCUGUCUCCCGAGAACUGGAUGAAGUUAAGACGGGUAGAUGGCAUGCAGAGGAUGUUUGAGCGCAUGAAAGACCCACGAGUCGAUAAAUAUUGGUGGAUCCGACCAUGGGAUUUCUUCCAGAAGGACAACUCGUGGGAAUGGAUUGACAACGAGAUCAACAAAGCCAUAAAAUGA